AUGCAAUAUGACAUCAAAAAUCUGUUAUGCUUACCCGCUGAAAUCCUGGAGAUGAUUACGCUACAUCUAGAGUACGCAUAUGAGAUUAAUUCCCUCUCACAAACAUGUCAACGACUCUAUAGCAUCGCCAGUAGUUGUCUCUUCAGCUAUUACACUAAAGAAUGUUCUCCUCGUGGACUUGAGCGUAUCGUGAAGAACGACAACACGGGCGCACUCUACAAGCUCUUGGUCAAUGGAUUCAACUUCGAUAGAUACUUUCGCAUCACCGGGCACUCAACGCCCAUCCAUUUGACUGUCGAUAAGGAUCUUUCAAGGAUUGCCGAGCUGCUUGUUGUCUACAGUGAGGUAUUUUUGCAAAGCGAUCGAUGUAAAUAUGGUUCAUCACUGGGCGGCCCGGGCCACAGGGCACAUGAGGAUGAACUCGAAAGGACCCUUUACCGCGCCGCGAACAAAGGUAGCCUGGGUGUCAUGAAAGUGCUUGCAUCUUCCGCGGCAGUAAAUAAAUUGCAAAGGGCCGUUGCUCUGGCGUACGCGGUCAAUCGAGGCCACUUAGCCUUGGCUAGGUACAUGAUCGAAGAGGCGAGAGUUGACGUCAACCAACAAAUUACUCUUUCCGGUUUCUUCGAAUCAUUCCUCACACAAGCCGCAUGUCGGGGAAAUUUGGAAAUGGUGAAGCUUCUCGUAAAGGCCGGUGCUGACCUUAAUUGCCCGAACAUCCAGCGCAUGGCAAAGUCCCCUCUUUGCAUCGCUGCUGCCAGGAGUCAUGGGGCAAUAGUACAAUAUUUGAUUGACAUGGGCCUGCACUUCCCCUGUGUGAAGUUCUUUGACAUUUUGGAUUUGGCGGAAUUUUCCACCUUGCCGGACUACAAGAUCUCGAAUGUGGUAAAGGGGGUUGACCUCCGGGAAAUCAUGGCUGGCCCCAAGUAUCAAGGCUGUGGGGGCUAUGCCAGAGGCUGCUUCUACGAUGUGAUUGCAGCUUGCAAUGAUCUGCCUCUCUAUCAAGAAUGUUGGGAUAUGCGGGGUUCAUCCCACGAUUGGCAGCAUUUAGCGGGGAGUUUCAGAAUUGCUACACUUCGUGGGAAUUUGACCGUUGCGCGAUACAUAGUCGACAAAAUGGUACAGUCGGAAAGAAUAGUUUGGGGACGUGAAUGGUCGAAUUUCAUCUCUUACACACUAACCUAUGAGAAUGUCCCCGCCUUUAAUAUGUUGCUGGAUCGCGGGCCACCGGGUAAUCUACCAGAAGCCAGAAAGGGCUGGUUGAGUGGCGUGCUCGCCGAAGCUAGAGACUAUCCUGAGCACAUACAGGUCCUUCUGCAUCGUGGAUAUCUGGACAAAACGAAAGAUCCCUGCAUUCUCAAGAAAAUGCUUGCCGGCGCAUUCGAAGUUGGCAAUCUUGAAUUGGUUUGGCGUCUGAUAAACCACGGCGAACUGGGUCUCCUCGAUGCACACAACGGCCCGGAUCUCGAAUACCAGGAGCAAACUGUCUUGCACAUUGCAGCACAUUACAGCUCCUUGAAAAUCUUCCAAGAAUUUCUAUCUACCGGUAAUCUGACUUUGGACCCUAAUCAUCCCACUCAUUGCGCCGCACUAGUCAGCGCAGGUGUGGGGAUGAACGUCGAUGUCAUCGGGUACUUUUUGGAGAAAGGUUUCGAAAUCAAUGCUUUGUACGAAGCGUCCGCGUCAAAAGACGAUAACGUGCCGGAGGCCUUGAUUAUUCAAGUUGCCACAGCACGGGCCAGUGCCGAUAAUUAUCUCGAUAAAAGGACUCGUGAUGAUGUCGCAGCAGUCAUGAUGUUCUUGCUUGAUCGCGGGGCUCACAUAGACACAAGAAAUUCUCGAGGGCAGACAGUUUUAUCCAUUGCAGUGGAGAAUGGGAACCCGGAACUCGCUAAAAUGCUGCUCAACAGAGGAGCAGAUCCCCUGAUUGCACUCGAAUCACGCAAUAAUCUCAGCGCAUUGGAACAACUAGUCCGGAUAUUCAUACGGCACGAGCACGAUGCGAGCUACCUCGAUAUGCUGCAGGCUUCUCUAGAGACCAUGGCUGCUAGGGGUUAUCAAAGUGAUGAUUUUGUCCGGCUGAUGCCGAGUAUUGAGGGCACACUUUCACGUCCGAAGGUAAUUUCACAGCUUGAAGAUGCUCCGGAUGUAAAGGGUCCCAUAACACUGCCGUACUACGAGGACAAGGACUAUGUGCGUUGGUCACACUUCUUUUUGAUCAAGGAGCUGAGAAAACAAUAUUGGCGGGUCACGUAUCCAGUUUCGUCCGAAUGA